CAGGAGCAGCCCGGGCGGCAGCAGCGUCGCGGCGGCGGCGGCGGCCGCUCCGCGCCUCGCCUCCCCGGCCUCUCCUUGCCGCGCCCGCUCUCGCCACCUCUGCCUCUCGGGCCCGACAGCCGUAGCCCCCUCUCCUCGGAUCGGCAGCGCCAACCGCCUGUCCGAAGCGGGGCUCAGAGGCACCUGGAGACCACUGCCCGCCGGCCCCGCAGAUCGAACCCAGCAGGGAGAGCCCUAGCAGCUCCGCAACCACCCGGGAGCUGUCCCUUCAGCACCGCAGCCGGAGCCAGACCUUGAGGCGGAGCGCAGCCCAGAGGAGCCCCAGCUAGAGCCAGAGCGCACCCAGCGCUGCUCGCAGCGGUGGCCGCACCGAGCAUCGUUGGGAGCCCCUACCCAAGGGGCCCGUCAUCUCCUCCGGGAGGCGGGGAGAAGGAGCGAGGAGGGCGGGCGAACGCGCCCGCCGCCGGGGGGAGCAGGCAGCCAGGCAAGGAGAGAGGGAGGGGGCCGGAGCCCGCCCUGCGCCCCGAGCUGCCGCCGGGCCACGCAGGGAGGAAGGAGCCGGCAUCCAUCUCCCCCGCGCCAGCGCCAAGAGCGCUCUGCGGCGGUCACCGCACAGCGGAGCACGGAUAUCUCGGCUCCCUCUUCUCCCCACCCCAUUCUGGGGCUGGUCUAUCUACCCGGCGCCGGGAGCAGUUGACCUCCUCCCCGCCCCCCAAAGCUUUGUGUUGAUUUCUCCAUUUUCCCGCUGAGAUGGGGACCGGAGCCCGGCCUCCCCACCCUCCUUCCCCUCCUCCCGGGGCUCGCCGCUGAGCGCCGUCCCCCUCCCUCCGCCCCCUCCCUUCCUCCUCUGCCUCCUCCGCAGCCGGACCAGCUCCUGCCCACACCUGGCGCCUGGAGACCCUUAGGAUCCCGCGCACCCUCCCCUGGACCGGCACCCUACAGAAAGCGCCCCAAGGGACUUGGGUCGCUCGUUGGGGUGGCCAGAGCCGCGCUCCUCUGUCUCCCCCGACGGCUGGGGGGAGGGGGGAGGAGGCCUCGUGCCCCCCUCCCCGGCGCCGACUCCCCCUGGCGGCUGCUCCCAUGGGUGUCGCUGGGCCGCGCCAUGCCUAAGGGGGCGCCGCGAUGGGCCAAGGGGACGAGAGCGAGCGCAUCGUGAUCAACGUGGGCGGCACGCGCCACCAGACGUACCGCUCGACGCUGCGCACGCUGCCCGGCACGCGGCUCGCCUGGCUGGCCGAGCCCGACGCCCACAGCCACUUCGACUAUGACCCGCGAGCAGACGAGUUCUUCUUCGACCGCCACCCGGGCGUCUUCGCGCACAUCCUGAACUACUACCGCACCGGCAAGCUGCACUGCCCAGCCGACGUGUGUGGGCCUCUCUACGAGGAGGAGCUGGCCUUCUGGGGCAUUGACGAGACCGACGUGGAGCCCUGCUGCUGGAUGACGUACCGCCAGCACCGCGACGCCGAAGAGGCGCUCGACAGCUUUGGCGGCGCGCCCUUGGACAACAGCGCGGACGACGCGGACGCCGACGGCCCUGGCGACUCGGGUGACGGGGAGGACGAGCUAGAAAUGACCAAGCGCCUGGCGCUCAGCGACUCCCCGGACGGACGGACGGGCGGCUUCUGGCGUCGCUGGCAGCCGCGUAUCUGGGCGCUCUUUGAGGACCCCUACUCUUCCCGCUAUGCGCGGUAUGUGGCCUUUGCCUCUCUCUUCUUCAUCCUGGUCUCCAUCACCACCUUCUGCCUGGAGACCCACGAGCGCUUCAACCCCAUCGUGAACAAGACGGAGAUCGAGAACGUCCGGAACGGCACGCAGGUGCGCUACUACCGGGAAGCCGAGACGGAGGCCUUCCUCACCUACAUCGAGGGCGUCUGCGUGGUCUGGUUCACCUUCGAGUUCCUCAUGCGUGUUGUCUUCUGCCCCAACAAGGUGGAGUUCAUUAAGAACUCGCUCAACAUCAUUGACUUCGUGGCCAUCCUGCCCUUCUACCUGGAGGUGGGCCUCAGCGGCCUGUCCUCCAAGGCCGCCAAGGACGUCCUGGGCUUUCUGCGCGUCGUCCGCUUCGUGCGCAUCCUGCGCAUCUUCAAGCUGACCCGCCACUUCGUGGGUCUGCGGGUGCUGGGCCACACGCUGCGCGCCAGCACCAACGAGUUCCUGCUGCUCAUCAUCUUCCUGGCCCUGGGUGUCCUCAUCUUCGCCACCAUGAUCUACUACGCCGAGAGGAUCGGAGCCCAGCCCAAUGACCCCAGCGCCAGCGAGCACACGCACUUUAAGAACAUCCCCAUCGGCUUCUGGUGGGCCGUGGUCACCAUGACGACACUGGGCUACGGAGACAUGUACCCGCAGACGUGGUCCGGCAUGCUGGUGGGGGCCCUGUGCGCGCUGGCGGGCGUGCUGACCAUCGCCAUGCCCGUGCCCGUCAUCGUGAACAACUUCGGGAUGUACUACUCCUUAGCCAUGGCUAAGCAGAAACUACCAAAGAAAAAAAAGAAGCAUAUUCCGCGGCCACCGCAGCUGGGAUCUCCCAAUUAUUGUAAAUCUGUCGUAAACUCUCCACAUCACAGUACUCAGAGUGACACAUGCCCGCUGGCCCAGGAAGAAAUUUUAGAAAUUAACAGAGCAGCUUCUGCUUAUAUGUUUGAAGAUUCCAAACUGAAUGGGGAGGUGGCGAAGGCCGCGCUGGCGAACGAAGACUGCCCCCACAUAGACCAGGCCCUCACUCCUGAUGAGGGCCUGCCCUUUACGCGCUCGGGCACCCGCGAGAGAUACGGACCCUGCUUCCUCUUAUCAACCGGGGAGUAUGCGUGCCCACUGCGCCCACCUGGUGGAGGAAUGAGAAAGGGUGGAGGCUCUAGAAUGCCAAGGAGCAGGGGCCGCCUGGGGGAAUGAGGGGGAAAGCAGGGAGACCACCCCCAGUGGCUGCAAGGCCUCAUAGGCUGCCCGUCUCCUUCAUCUUGAAUGUUGGCUCAAUCAGUGUGACCUAAAAGAGCAGACAGGAAGGUCUCUUUACUGUGCUUCCGGAAGUCCGGGGAGCGUGGGACAGAAGACACCCAUCUCCCUGUAGCAGCUAGGGAACCCAGCAGCAGCGCUGUCCACAGGUGAUCCCCAUCCCCCAAUCCCACAGAGGCGUGGGGGCCAGAGUCUUUGGGAGGCACCAAGGGUGACGUGCCCCCACCCACAUCCACCCUGCCCCCACUCUCGAGGAGUCAUGCCAGCUGCCAAGGACUUGCUCUUUCUCAGGGUAAAUCCGAGCCAUAAGCCACGCAGGUGUCUGAGCCCAUGCGCAGAGUAGGAGCCAAGUUAGGGACUCGACCUGUUCCCCCAGGAGGGAGAGAAAGAGGCGUGCUAGGCUGGCUCACUGCAUGGGAAAACCAAGCCAGCUGGAGAAGAAUCUGCCUGCCACUGCAUGCGGCUGUUCUGUCUUUCCUCCUCCUUCCUUAAAAACUAAGUACCAAGCGGGAUGGGAAAGCCAAGAAGAGAAGCUCAAGUGUUAAUUGUAUUCUUUACAUACAGAUCUUUGCAAAGAAAGCCCUGUCAUUGCUAAGUAUAUGCCGACAGAGGCUGUGAGAGUGACUUGACCAGGCGGCUUGGCCGAGGACACUGGUGGCUAUUAAGCAUCUGGGUGGACCUGCAGCCCCUCCUCACCCUUGGACAGAGUAAAUUCACGCCAUGCAGGUUUGCCGGACGAGUCCGAGUGGCCCAGGCCUUGUACUAGGACGGACGUAGCUUUUUCUACGGCCAAAUGGUAACUGACCG